AUGCUCUCCCUCAUGCUGCCCCGAAAAUCCAUCAACAGACCCAAACCCCAAAAGCAGAAGCCGUCCGUCGACGAACAGCAGCCGAAGUCCCGACCAAAACCGCUCGCCAAACUGUUCAAAAAAUCAAGCAGCAGACGCGCAUCCUCGAUAUCGUCUUCGAACACCGAAGCAUCGCACCCGCAUACCACUCUAGACUCGCCGCCUCUCCCAGUAGAGGGCGUAUCGGUGUGGAACGCUGCUGGGCAGGAUAUCCGCACGCUACAACAGCGCAAUACGUCGACGUCGAAUCUAAGCUCGACGUCGACGCUACUUGAGCUUCCUGCUACACGACCUGCUCUUCCUCAUUCGCCGGUGAGACAGAGCGGGGAUUCGUAUGAGGCGUUCUUGUCUCAUGCGCAGGAUAUGGAGAGGAGGAGACAUGAACGAGAUUCUAUGAUGGCGCAGGCGUGGUUGAAGGCAGAGGAGAGGAGGAGGGCUAGUAGGAGCUGGCCUAGCGAUCCGUGGAGAGGUGGGUUCGGCCCGCCUGCUUCAGAUGCGAGGUAUGGAGGGGCGGGGGCUUUCAGCCCGAGAAGAGUUUCGAGUGGAGAGGAUGGGGUCAGAGGGUGGUUGGGGAGGAAUGGGUUGGUUGGUCGAUAG